AUGUCUAGCCCAAGCACACCAGACAGACAGACCCCAGCCAGCAACGCUGGACUAGCGACUUCUAUGCAUCAACAACGGGUCCCUCCCCUUGACGUUGCAGGACCACCGCUCUAUGACCUCGAUUUUGUCAAUCCCUUUGUCGGAAUACUCUCGGCCGCCAGUGACUCUGGUGCAGUACAAGGCAUCAAGCAUACCACCGUCCUGGAAGCGCCACGCCCCAUGGACAAGCCUGCUGACCUUGACCAAUCGGACAGCACGUACUACAACGCAGCUGGCUACAUCGAAGUCAACCAUCACCUAUCGGUCCUCCUCCCGCAGGUCAUCGCCCUCGAAGGCCCCGAGCCUCUAACAGACUACAAUGCAAUUAUGAGGGAAGCAUACCGCCGAUGGGGCGCAAGAAUUGAGAGAUUCUGCUACGCGAAGCAUGCCGAGCCUCGAGCUGUUGCUUCUGGUGAGUACAAGCUCAAGCCUGCUCCCAAGGGCAUAGAUUGGCCUCGUCACUGCAUGGGGAGCUUUGUGACCUGGAUGGAGAAGGUGCUCAUCAAGAAAGACGCACAAUUCCGACAGCUGCUAGGCGAUGAUCGUAAGGCGGCCCUCGGCAAAACGUGCUUGAAGGAGCUGAAGGAAUGGUCGACGGAAUGGCAGGCUGAGUUGGAUCUUAAGGAGAGGCGCUAUCAGCGAGCUCAGGGGAGGCCUUCGGCGAUUGGCUAG